AUGAAUUAUCUUCAAGAAUCUUACUCUAUUACGAUUCAGCACAUAAAUUGUAAAGUGAUUGUCAUUACUGAUGAUGGAGAAUCAUCAUAUACUUUGGAGAAUUUUGAUAAAUCAAUGAAAUUGGAAGAAGUGCGCAAACGUUUAUUUUUUGAUAAGAAUGUGUUGAUGGGUCAAAAUGCAAAUUUUUGUUAUAAUAACAAGAAGAAAAUACCUAUUACUGCCGAAAACAAUUGCGUGCUUGAACUAAUAUUGAUUCCACAAGAUGAUGCUUUCUACUUUUACAUAACUAAAGACAGAUCAAAACCUAGUUUUCCAGAAAUCGCACAACGACUUGAUUUAGAUAAGGGACUUAAGAAACAAGAAGACGGUACUAUAAUAGCUGCAG